GUGUUGGGUGUUGGUUGUUUGUUCAUUUUUUCUUAUAGGGGGGAAAUGAGAUGGGGUGAUUUAAUCCAGUCUUUUUCGUUGCACUUUACAAUUUCUGUGGUGGAGUGUGAUGUUGUUUUGUUGGGGGUUGGGGUGGUGGUAUGCAUGUAUGUACCAUGUUUUGACUGCGAGGCGUGGAGACGAGGGUAUGUCGGAGUAAAGUGAAUUGAAGGGUUUGUUGUGUGGUGUACUGGGUCUCUGGACAGGUGGGGUGGAUUGAAGUGGACUGAAGGAGAAGGAGAAGUAAUCGUUUAGAUGGAUGUUUGGAUGCAUAGUUCAUUACAUCAAGAUAUCAAGCCCCCAGUUCACCUUCAUUCAAUUCAACCAACAGCUCGCUGUCGUUCGAUAUUGGCGGGUACUGGUGUGGUCUGGCUCAAUCAGUCGAGUCCAGAUUGUGUGAUGGCUGGAUGUGCGGCGUGUGUGUAGUACAUGCUGUGGUGAUAGGGGAUGGGUGAAUAGAU